AUGUUAGUUGAACUCAAAAAUGGUGAAACUUACAAUGGUCAUCUAGUGAGUUGUGAUAAUUGGAUGAAUAUUAUUCUAAGAGAAGUUAUUUGCACUUCUAGGGAUGGAGAUAAAUUUUGGAGAAUGCCUGAAUGUUACAUAAGAGGUAGUACAAUCAAAUAUGUAAGAAUUCCUGAUGAAGUAAUCGAUAUGGUUAAAGAAGAAGCAGUUUUAAAAUCUAGGGGUAGGGGAGAAUUGAAAAACAGAAGUAAUUCAAAUCAAAGAGGAGGAAGAGGCACUGGAAGAAAUCAAUUUGGGGGUAGAGGGAAAUCUAGCAUCACUAGAAAUUCUAAUUCAGUUGUUCGAAACAAUCAAAAUAAAAGCAAAAGUAGAAUGGAUUAA